GGGGCAGGUGCGCGGCCCGGGGCGAGCGGCGGGCGGCACCCCGGGAGCGAUGGAUUUUCGUGGGAAGAAGUACGAGCGCGGCAGUAACUGGUCGGACCCCGAGGUGGUGGAGCUGCUGCAGCUCUGGGCCGACGAGUCGGUGCAGAUAGAGUUGGAGAGCUGCUUGCGCAACCAGCACGUCUUCAACCGCAUCGCCGAGGUGCUGCGGGAGAAGGGCAUCCACCGGACGGGCGACCAGUGCCGCGAGAAGAUCAAGAAGAUGAAGCUGGAGUACCGGCGGAUCAAGGACAAUAGCAAGGCCCCGCGGGGCGGGCGGACGUGGAAGUUCUACGAGGUGAUGGACAGGGUGCUGACCAGCCGGCCGGCCCUGGCCUAUGGCUCCCUGAGCGGCAGCAUGAUGGCUCAGCAGGUGCUGCAGGGCAGCAUGGUGGAGAGCUACCACCACCAGUUCGCCUCCUCGGCCCUGCCCUUUGGACACUCCCAACACCCUGAGCUGAUGGAAAUCAAAUGUGAGGAGGUGAACUCUGAUGACCACAGCUUGACCCCAGAGCCCCCACAAGCUAUGUCUUACCAGCAGGGCUCCCCUGAAGAGCAGGAGAUGGAGAGAGCCUUCUUGGAGAGGGCCCAGAACGACUCUCCCAUCUCCAGGGUGGAGAUUCCCAUUGAAACCAGUGUUUCACCUUCAGGUUUCAGUGAGCCAAACAUGCCAAACUCAUCACGGAUUCAGAACGUUGUUCCCCGGCCUGGCUUCUCUGCCUUGCAUCGGCUGAGAAAAAAGCGGAAAGGGCAACGCAUGAGGGACCCACUGGAUGAUCUCCUGCUGAAGACUCUGACAUCUCAGCGGGCCAUGGAAGAGCGCUUUUUGCAGAUGGAAGAGCGCCGAUUUCAGCGAGAUUUGGACGCGGAGGAGCGUCGGAUGCAACUGGAGCAGCGCCGGUUUGAACUGGAGCGGGAACAUGAGUUUCGCAUGUUCAAUGUCUUUGCUCAAAUGCUCAGCAUCCUAAAGCAGAGCCACAGUGGCUCCUCCUCCUCUGUCGCCAUGCCUCAGGGUUUGGACUUCAGCCAGGCACUGUCUGAAAUUGAGGGAAUGGGAGGAAGAGGGGGCAGCCUGCAAGAGAUGAGGGUUCGGCCGCUUGCCAAGAGGAGGGUGGACAUGCACAGCUUCUGUAACCCCAGCGGCUUCCAGAGAAGCCCCUACCUCUCUGCUCGUGGCAACUUUGCCAGCAUUUUUCAGGGCUCCACUGAGGAAGGGUACAAAGCCUAUCACGCUGACAAGUAUGAUGAAGAAAAGAACCCCAAUGGUAUAAUAAACUUUGGCACCAGUGAGAACAAGCUCUGCUUUGACCUGAUGUCCAAGCGGCUAAAAGAACAGCUGACGCAGGCUGAUAUGAAUGUGAUGGACCCUGCACUGCUUCAGUAUCCUGACUGGAAAGGACAUCUGUUUUUACGGGAAGAAGUGGCUCGAUUUUUGACCUAUUACUGCAAGGCUCCUGCACCUCUUAAAGCAGAGAAUGUGAUUGUUUUAAAUGGUUGUGGCUCUUUAUUUUCUGCAUUAGCUACAGUCAUUUGUGAUCCAGGGGAAGCUGUUCUGAUUGCUACUCCCUUUUACGGUGGUAUUACCCAGAGUGUCUUCCUCUAUGGUAAUGUCAAGCUGGUGUAUGUCUAUUUAGACAGUAAGAUAACUGGAACAAGCACUCGGCCUUUUCAGCUUACAGUGGAAAAACUGGAAAAAGCCUUGCAGGAUGCCCGGGCAGAGGGCAUCACUGUAAGGGCCUUAAUUCUUCUGAAUCCCCAAAAUCCCCUUGGGGACAUUUACUCCUUGUCAGAGCUACGGGAUUACCUGGAAUUUGCUAAAAGACAUGAAUUGCAUGUGAUAGUAGAUGAGAUCUACAUGUUGUCAGUUUUUGAUGAAUCAGCCACGUUUCACAGUGUCCUAGGCAUGGACAGAUUGCCUGAUCCACAGCGGACUCAUGUGAUGUGGGGCAUAACCAAGGAUUUUGCUGUUUCUGGGAUUCGUUUUGGUACUUUAUAUACAGAGAACCAAGAUGUUGCUAAUGCAGUGGCUUCUUUGUGUUAUUUCCACGGGGUUUGUGGACCUGUCCAGCACAAGGUUGCACAGCUGCUUAGAGACAGAGACUGGAUCAACCAGGUGUACCUGAAGGCCAACCAUGCCCGCCUAAAAGCUGCCCAUACGUAUGUGACAGAUGAGCUGAAGACACUCGGGGUUCCUUUUCUCAACCGCAACGCAGGCUUCUUUGUCUGGAUUGAUUUCCGAAAGUACCUUAAGACGGGCACAUUUGAGGAGGAGUUGCUGCUCUGGAAGCGUUUUCUGGAUAAUAAGGUCCUCCUGUCCUGCGGGAAAGCCUUUGAGUGCAGUGAACCUGGAUGGUUCCGCAUCAUCUUUGCUGACAAGACCCACCGGCUGCAGUUAGGUAUGCAACGGAUACGCAAGGUUUUGGAAGAGCGUGAGCAGGAGAUCCUGGCUGAGGAGAAGGAGCAGCCUUGUCAGUCAGAUCAGGAUGGCAAAGCAGAUAGCACAGAUGAAGUCAUUUUUGUUUCCCGCCACCAGGACCCUACCUGUGCCAGUAGCUCCAGCCUUGGUGACCUCAUUGGCCUCUUGCAGCAACAGAUGCGUUCGUCUGACUGGCUACAGAAAAAUACAGCCGAGCAGUUUGCCCAGGAAAAGCCAGAGAUCUAUGAUGUCUUCAGCAAACUGGUGGGGAAGCAAUAGGGGUCAGUGUGCCUUCAGGGGCAUUCCUGAGCAGUGACUGACCCUGGGCCCCUAACAACUCAGCAGUGACUUCCAGCAAAUAAUAUAUUUUCUGUAUAGCAAGAAAAUUACUUUGUAGGUCCCCUCCUCUCCCCCCUGUUUGAGAUCUCUAAUUUGUACUAUAUAGGUGUGUUUGCUUGGAUUGGGGUAAGGGUAGGGAAUGGAGGGGAGGGUGUCUUGUUUGUGUGCUGCUCUCUGUUCUGCAGCAUCAUUGUAUUUUAUAUUUAAUUUCUAAUGAAUAUGCUCUUAACACUCUUA